UUUCUGUCACUUUGCAAAACACGCUAUUUGUCAGCGCGAUCGUAUUUUUUAUCGAAACGCAUUUUUAUUUUCUUGUUUUGCUCUUUUAAAUUACACCACGAGCUACGAAAAUUAUCAAAAUUACAAAUAUUAAACUUCAAAAACACCGGACAAAAAGAAAUGGCAGAUAUUGACGAUUUGUUUGAUUGUUUCGAAAGCAAAGAAGACACCACAUCAGUACCAGUUGCUGAUGAAAAUACUCCAAAAUUUGAAAAUGACCAGGACGAAGAAAGUAAAUUAGUUCCUAAAAGACAACACAAUGAUAGCGAAAGCGAAUCCCCUUACAAACGACCCAAAGUUACGGAAUCAAUUUUAGACGAUAUUUGUGUCGAGGCACUAAGCACACGCAUUUCCGUGCACGUUAUUGAAUCACCCGAAUCAUGUACCCACGAAGUAGCAACCUACCCUGGCCAAGAGUACAUCCCGUUGGCUGUAUCUACGGGUCCGCCAUCUAAGGAGUAUCCAUUUAUAUUGGAUCCUUUCCAGAAAGAAGCCAUCAUGUGCAUUGACAACAAUCAAAGUGUCCUAGUCUCGGCACACACAUCUGCGGGUAAGACUGUAGUGGCCGAAUAUUCAAUUGCUAAGUCUUUGAAUGCUAAACAACGAGUCAUCUACACAACUCCCAUUAAGGCUUUGUCCAAUCAGAAAUUUCGAGAAUUCACCGAAGAAUUUAAAGAUGUUGGUUUGGUGACUGGAGAUGUGACCAUCAAUCCGUCGGCCUCGUGUCUCAUCAUGACAACUGAGAUUCUCAGGAAUAUGCUGUAUCGAGGUUCGGAAAUCAUGAGGGAAGUCGGUUGGGUAGUGUUUGAUGAAAUCCAUUACAUGCGUGACAAGGAGCGUGGUGUGGUCUGGGAAGAGACUCUUAUCCUUCUGCCUGAUAAUGUGCGAUAUGUCUUCUUGUCGGCUACCAUUCCAAACGCUCGCCAGUUUGCCGAGUGGGUGUGCCAUCUGCACAAGCAACCUUGUCAUGUUGUCUACACCGAUUAUCGUCCAACUCCACUGCAGCAUUACAUAUUCCCAGCUGGAGGCGAUGGCAUCCACUUGAUCGUAGACGAGAAGGGAGUUUUCAAAGAGGAUAAUUUCAAUACAGCUAUGCAGGUUCUGCAGGGAGCUGGUGAGGCUGCCAAGGGCGACCAAAAAGGUCGCAAAGGUGGCAUCAAGGGGGUGAAUGCUGGACAAUCCAACAUCUUCAAGAUUGUCAAGAUGAUAAUGGAACGGAACUUCGCCCCAGUGAUUAUUUUCUCCUUCAGCAAGAAGGAAUGCGAAGUGUAUGCAAUGCAGAUGGCUAAAUUGGACUUCAACACCAACGAAGAGAAGAAACUCGUCGACGAGGUCUUCAACAACGCUCUGGACGUUCUCUCGGAAGAGGAUCGCCAAUUGCCGCAAGUGGAAAAUGUCCUUCCUCUUUUACGGCGUGGAAUUGGCAUCCAUCACGGAGGCUUGUUGCCAAUUCUCAAAGAAAUCAUCGAAAUCCUCUUCGGCGAGGGCUUGAUCAAGGCUCUCUUUGCCACCGAAACUUUUGCCAUGGGCUUGAACAUGCCCGCCAGAACUGUACUCUUUACGGCGCCCAGAAAAUUCGAUGGUAAGGACUUCAGGUGGAUUACAUCGGGGGAAUAUAUUCAAAUGUCUGGUCGUGCUGGACGUCGUGGUAUCGAUGACAAGGGCAUAGUCAUUCUGAUGAUAGAUGAAAAGGUGUCGCCAUCUGUGGGACGAGCUAUUGUCCAAGGUAAAGCAGAUCCCAUCAACUCAGCGUUCCACUUGACCUACAAUAUGGUUUUGAAUUUACUGCGAGUCGAGGAAAUCAACCCCGAAUACAUGUUGGAGCGAUCGUUUUUCCAGUUCCAAAAUCAGAGUUCCAUCCCAGAGUUGUAUAAGCAGGUUCAAGAUAAACAACUGGAAGUGGACAAAUUUAAGAUUCAAGAUGAGCACAGCGUGGCAUCGUACCAUCACAUCCGCGACCAAUUGGAUACUCUGGGCAAGCAAUUCCGAACUUACAUAACCAAGCCGGAAUACUUGAUGCCAUUCCUGCAGCCUGGCCGACUUAUCAAGAUACAAAAUGAGACCGACGAAUUUGAUUGGGGAAUCGUGGUGAAUUUCAAGAAGCAAGCAGACAAAGUUCGUAAUCCCCUCAAAGCGGAGACAAAUGUUAUCGUCGAUGUCCUUUUGUAUGUCACUGAAGAAUCAGCCAAAACAGAUGAACCCAAACCAUGUACGCCCGGCAAGAAGGGCAACAUGGAAGUUGUGCCAGUGCUGCACAAACUUAUUUCGCAAAUCUCCUCACUCCGAGUUUACUAUCCCAAUGACUUGCGCCCAUCUGACAAUCGAAGAAGUGUCCUUAAAACCAUCGAAGAGGUGAAAAAACGCUUCCCCAAAGGUCCGCCCCUUCUAAAUCCCAUCAAAGAGAUGCACAUCAAGGAGCCAGAGUUCAAGCAAAUCGUCGAAUCAAUUGACAAAUUCGAAGAACGUCUCUUUGCCCAUCCUCUGCACAAUGCAAAGGAGCUUCAAGCUGUCUAUGCCAAAUACACCGAUAAACUGGAGGUCCAGAACGAAUUGAAAACGGUCAAAGCAAAACUGAAGGAAGCCAGGAGUCUGCUGCAAAUGGACGAACUACAAAAGCGCAAACGAGUUCUGCGACGUAUGGAAUAUUGCACAGCUGCCGAUGUUAUCGAAUUCAAGGGACGUGUCGCCUGUGAACUUAGUUCCGCCGACGAACUCCUCAUGACCGAGAUGAUAUUCAAUGGUGUCUUUAAUGAACUGACCACAGCUCAAUCAGUUUCUCUGCUCUCGACUUUUGUAUGUGAUGAAAAAUCCUCCGAAACACCACAAUCCACUGAGGAGCUGUCAGGUCCGCUGCGUUCAAUGCAAGACUUAGCACGACGAAUUGCCAAAAUCUCCAACGAAUGCAAACUUGAACUUGACGAAGAGACUUAUGUGGAAAAAUUCAAACCAUUCAUGAUGGAUGUUGUGUUGGCCUGGUGCAAAGGAGCAUCGUUUUUGAGUGUUUGCAAAAUGACAGACAUCUUUGAGGGUUCAAUUAUUCGGUGUAUGAGACGACUGGAAGAAUUGCUCAGGCAAAUGUGUCAAGCCGCAAAGACAAUUGGUAAUACCGAGUUGGAGAAUAAAUUCUCGGAGGGUGUACGGUUGCUUAAGAGGGAUAUUGUAUUUGCAGCUUCGUUGUAUUUGUAGAUUUAAUGACGAAUCAGGCACGAUGAGGUUGAAAUUUUACAUUAAUUUAACUUUUCGUUUUUUCAUUUUGAAAAUGUAAUAUUUUAGAACUUAAAACAAUGAAAUAUUAACGCUAUAAAUAAAAUUAAACUUUGUAUUUAAAAAAUAAA